AUUCUUUUACAUUAUUUCAGUUUGAUUUUUAAAAUCUUUUUUACCUAAUAUUUUUCCAAUAUUUUCAAUCCGAUGAUGUCGCAUGAGAGGAACCCUAAGAAGCUUCAAUCUUUUCCACUGCAUCAGGAUUGCGGUCGUCGGUUGCUUUUUCUUAUUUGGCGACCUUUCCUCGUUCUUCGAUGGGAUUUUGAUGCUCGGCGAGGUGAAGGUGAUGUGGUCGAAUGCUUGACUGAAAUCGGUGGAAAAAUUUUGAUCUUUUUGCCGAUUUCACCGGCGUGUCUCUGUGGUUCGUCCGUUUGAAUGGACGACGACGGGGAUGGGGGGUUGGAUAUUCGGAACUGGGGCUACUAUGAACAGACCUGGAAGGGGAACCUCGGCCUGCAUCUCAUGUCCUCGGUGGUGGAGCGCGACACCAAGCCGCUGUUGUCGAAUGGGGGAUUCUUGCAUCGGCAAUGCGGUGUAUCUGAGCCAUUGGUGGCGAUGGACGUCAUGAGAGAUGGCUGGAUCCACCAAUCCAGCGACGACCACGACAAGAUCCUUCAUAUGCUGCCGGUGAAUCACCACCACCAUCACAACGACAGCUAUUACGGUGCCCUACAUGAUCCUCUGACCCCCGAGACUCUCCAAAUGUUGCAGCUCCCCGAGCCUCCCAAGGAUGACAAUUUCCCGGUAACAGAUAUACCUGUUGGUGAAAAUGAGACUCCUUUAAAGAAGCGCUCGAAGGGCCGGCCCCAGAAAUUCCCGAAGCCAAAGAAGUCAAAAAAAGUUGCAGCAUCGAGUAAUGAUACUACUAAUGGUUCUGUUUCACUUGGAAAAUCUUGUAGGAAGAGCGCUGAGAUGGUCAUUAACGGUAUCAGCUUAAAUACCUCAGGGAUCCCAACACCAGUUUGCUCUUGCACUGGAAAGCCACAGCCAUGCUACCGGUGGGGUGCUGGAGGCUGGCAAUCGGUGUGUUGCACAACUAGCAUUUCGAUGUAUCCCCUCCCUAUGAGCACCAAAAGGCGAGGUGCACGAAUUGCAGGCCGGAAGAUGAGUCAGGGGGCAUUUAAGAAAGUUCUGGAGAAGCUUACAGAAGAAGGCCAUAGCCUUUGUAAUCCGAUUGACUUGAGGUCUUUCUGGGCUAAGCAUGGCACUAACAAGUUUGUGACAAUCAGGUAAAACGUGCAAUGUUGGCUGUCAUAAAUUAGGCUUCACCUCUGCAUUUGGCUUUGCCUAUCCACGAUGUACAAAUCUGUAUCCUUAUGUGGAGGUGCUUUGAAUCGGAGGUAUCGACACAUUUUCUAUCGGGAAUAGUCGGCGCUUUGAGGUUCAGAGGCUUGAAUCAUGUCUUCUUCUGUUUUAAGCUUGUAGUUUUAAAGCAAACAAUGUUUCUAAGCCAGAGGGCUUUUUACUUGAUAUAUAUAGAAAAUCUUAUUCUUCUUA